AUGCCAGCUGUAAAGACAGCUUUUGCAUCUCCGUGGAAAUGUCUCAAUAUCAGAAAUGCUUCCAGAGGUGAUUUUGUUUUGAUCCAAGUUCAAGGACCUGAAGGCUCUAUUAUUGCUCGGUUUCGCCGAAACAGGGAAAACGAAGACACCUUGGAGAAUAAGCUCAUAGCAUACUAUGAGGCUCUGGAGACGGAAACAGAAGCUGCUGGACGGGCAUUUCCCGUGUCCGAGGACCUGAGCCAGCAAGUUGAAGAGGCCGUUGAGCAUAUCUGUGCCGAUUACCGCAAAUACGUUGAAGCGGAUGCAUUGCUUGAUGUCUACACAAAGGAUCAUUUAGUCUGCGGAAAGAUUACCCGUGAGACUGAAAGCUUUCAGCAAUACCUUUCGCUGCUACGACCGUUCCACAGCAUUGUUGGGGAAGAAAAACCAACGACAAGAGGACAAAAUGAGGUCAUUUCGUUCGGUGAUCUCAUCUUCGACUUUGCUUUCCAGAGCUUUCGAGGGACUUGUUUCAAGUGCAGCGUACCUAAACAUCACAUUGAGAACAUGGUCUUCAAAGGCUUCUCAUUUGCAGAUUUCUUGGCUUUUCCCCGACAAGAUUUCGAAUGCAGAAGAGACGCCAUGUAUCGCGAGAUGAAAGUUUUGUCCAAGGUCAUACCGCCACACGAACACAUAAUUGGGGCGUCCGAGUUCCAAGUCGCGGCCACAGCAUCAAGCCCGUUCAUCACAGGCGUCUUGUAUCCCCUCUACAGCCGCGGCACAGUUGCUCAAGCACUGAAGAUGAACAGCAGUCUGGGGAAACGUGUCCCCCUUGUUCUUAAGGCCAAAUGGGCGUUUCAAAUCGUAUCUGCCAUGGCCCAUACCCACUUCAACGCACCUUCGUGGCAUCAAGACAUCAAGCCAUCGAACUUCCUUCUUGACGAGAAUGACGAUAUCGUUAUCAUCGAUUGGGAGCAAGGUGUCGGUGGAAUUACAACGUUCAUAGCAGCACCGGAGGCCAAUGGAUGUCUUGAAGUGCACUCCUCAGCUUCAGCGGGCACCGAAAAGCUAAUUUACGAAGAGUAUCAGGGGCCACCAAGAAUCAACAACAUCAUAGGAACCCCCAAGUGGGACGUAUUCCCACAGUGGAAAAUCGAUUGUCCUCGAGCCGUCGAACUGGCAGACGUGUAUGGUAUUGGCGUGUCCCUGUUCGUCAUUCUGGAAGAAAUACCAUUGAACAAUGCACCAGGAAACGAGGACUAUGCUGGCGUUCGGGUGUCAUGGACAAGCCGGUCUGCAGAUGUCCCUCAGAGUUGGAAAGAUGUCGUAGAGCUGUGCAUCGCCAAAGAUCCUAAUGAAAGGAUGGGUUUGAGCCAGUUGGUGGAAUUCUGGAGGCACGAGUAUCAGGAUUUGUUAGAAAAGGAUGGUCAACUUUAG